CGAUAUGAGAAUGAAUAGAAUUCUUAGGUUUCCAAAAUGUGAGAUGGGUUAGAAAAAGGGGAUCAAGGAAUUGAUAUUUUCGGCUGAGGAAAUUAGAAAAGUAGAACAAGUACUGUUCAGGUUCUACUCUUCGCUGGUCUACUGUUGAAAGGACCUUAUAAAAAAGAAGAAGAAGAAGAAGAUAAAGGGGAACCAGAUAAAUUGUAGAUAUUCUCUGUUGGUUAGGCUAUACCAUGGCUUCGGGUUUUCCUGUUGAUUCUUCAUACUAUUCAAUGCAUGAUGCUGGUUCCCAGACUACCCAGGAUAAUAUGUCGAAUGAAGGUGGUGGUGGUUGGUAUUACUCCAGAAAGGAAAUUGAAGAAAAUUCUCCAUCCAGAAAAGACGGUAUUGAUUUGAAAAAAGAGACUUAUCUGCGCAAGUCAUACUGUACGUUCUUACAAGAUCUGGGCAUGAGGCUCAAAGUACCUCAGGUCACAAUUGCUACAGCCAUACUUUUCUGUCAUCGGUUCUUCCUGCGUCAGUCCCAUGCAAAGAAUGAUAGGAGAACCAUUGCUACAGUUUGUAUGUUCCUGGCAGGCAAGGUUGAAGAAUCUCCCCGUCCUCUGAAAGAUGUUAUACUCGUUUCUUACGAGAUUAUACACAAAAGGGAUCCCAAUGCAGUUCAAAGGAUUAAGCAGAAGGAGGUUUAUGAGCAGCAAAAAGAACUAAUUUUGCAGGGAGAAAGAUCUGUGUUGGCAACUCUUGCUUUUGAUUUUAAUGUGAAUCAUCCAUAUAAGCCCUUGGUUGAAGCAAUUAAGAAAUUCAAGGUUGCUCAAAAUGCCCUUGCUCAAGUUGCUUGGAAUUUCGUCAAUGAUGGGCUUCGAACAUCGCUUUGCUUACAACUUAAGCCCCAUCACAUUGCAGCAGGAGCAAUUUUCCUUGCUGCCAAGUUCCUCAAAGUAAAGCUUCCAUCAGAUGGUGAUAAGGUUUGGUGGCAGGAAUUUGAUGUCACCCCACGUCAGUUGGAGGAGGUUAGCAAUCAAAUGUUAGAACUAUAUGAACAGAACACAAUGCUUCCCACCCAAGCUAGUGAAGCUGAAGAUCAUCGGGCAAAACCUCCCUCGAGCACAGAAGAUCAUCCUCUGCUUACACAUAGUACUGGCACCCCAUCGAAAUCUGGAUCCAUAAAACCAUCUACAUCUCUGACGACACCCAGCCAUUUGGUUGGCGAGGAUGGUGAGGUCGAGACCAGCCAAAAUCGAGAGAACGACCAGAAAGUGUAUGUGGACGAUGAGGUUGCAAACGAAUAUGAGCAGCAACCUCACAGAGCUGUUGAAGAAGAUGACGAAGGAAGAAAUGUAAUUGGUAGAAGUGAAGUGGUUGGUGGGUCUCCUCAUGAUCAAGAUGCAAUGAAAAGGAUUGACAAAAAAAAGGUAAAGGCUGCACUUGAGAAACAGAGGAGGUCUCGUGGGGAUGGGGGGCGAAAAACUGACUUGAUGGGAGAUGAUGAUCUAAUAGAGUGGGAGCUUAAAGAUGAUAUUGAAUUAGCUGGUGGAGAGAAGAGUAAGCAGCAGGAGGAGGAAGAGAGAAGACAAAGUUCGUUAAGAUCAGAUGAUUGGUCGAAUGAAGAUGAUCGUCGUAAUAUUGAAAAUGUGGAGGAAGGAGAAUUCGGCGAUGAGUCGGAGAAGUCGUGGAACCCUAAAUCCAAUGGGGAAAGCUCGCUGGAUCGUAGAUAUCCAGAGGAGGAGGAGGAGGAGGUUUGGAAUGGGAAUAAGCAGCAGCAGCAGAAUCAUCGUCAUAAUAAUAACAAUAUCGGGCAACAACAGCAGCAGGAUGAGAAAAAGAGAAAGAACAAAUCCAGUUCUAACUCAGAAAGGAGUGAAAAGAAGAGGCGCCACAUGGAAUACAACAACAAUUACCAUACCUAAGAGACAGUAAAAUUAUAAGUUAAGAUCAUCUGAGUUUGUUUGCUGUUGUAAACAUUUGAUUUGAUUUGAUUUGUUGAUACACAAGCAAGAACAACAAACAUUAUUAUUAUUAUUAUUAUUAUUAUCAUUUAUCAGAAGACAACAAACA